AUGAGCGGAUCGGGGACGGUGAAUUUAAAGGAUUACUUCAAGAAUUUCGAUGAAAAACUGAUAGUCAGAGCCCCGCACAACGAUGACGCCGAUAUUACCUCAGCCACUCGUCUUCUUGAGGAGCGACGAGAAAUGGCAGAAGUAGAACAUGCACUCGUCGCGCAGAAAGAAGAAUUCCAGAUGCGCAUGGAAAGCCUGCAGCAGAGGACUGAAGAACUAGAGCGAAAAGAAAAGCAGCUAAAAGAGAGCCUUUUAAAAUUCGACAAGUUUUUGAAAGAAAAUGAUGCCAAACGAGCAAGAGCGAUUAAAAAGACCGCAGAGGAGCGAGAAAUGUGCAGAAUAAAAGACAAGGAAAUCGUCAAACUUGAGAAGCAACAAGAAGAGCUCAUUUCUCGCCGUGCCUUGCUCAACAAAAAGCUAGAAAAGCACGAGGUGUUCGCGAAAUUUAUGCAAAAAGUACUGGACUCGUCGGAGGAGUUCUCAGAAGAUAACUCAGAGCAAGAAAGAACGCGUCUACUACGAUUCACAGAAGAGAAGAACAACCAAAUUCUACAUUAUAACAAUCAGCUGGCUCAAUUACAGACAAAACUGGACAAGGCACAGUCGAACGCGGUGAAAUGGGAGUCAAAGUGGACGCAUAUCCAGAACACUGCGGCAAAGAAAACGCUUCUUCUUGGUCGCAUCAAAAUCGCAACUCACAACCUUUACCAGCUUGUAUGUAAACAUUCUCGCGGCUCGGUGAACCCAACGGACAACACCGUCGUCCAGCUGGAGCGAAUUCAAACAUUCAUUCAAGAUCUCACCCAAAUCACCAACGAAAUCCGCCGCCAAGAAGCCGAACAGCGCGAAAAGGAAAAAGCCAAAAACAGAGAUUAA